AUGAUCUCGCGGAAAUCCUCGUCGCAACUAUCAACAACCUCUUCGUCUUCUUCGACAAAGUCAUCUUCACCCGCGACAAGCAUAGCGGAUUGCGAUUGCGACGCAAAGGGGAAGAUGUCGUCGGCGGAGAACUCUCCGCCAACCAGGCCGCUGAGCGUUGCGAUACCAGCCGAUGUGCAAGGACCGUACUGCCCACGAAGACCUGGCCUACGUGAGAUAUUAGCAAAUACGUCGCCGGCGCCAUGGACCCUUGCCGCCUUCAUGGCGUAUCUGUCGAACAAUCACUGCUUGGAGAUUCUGGAAUUUACUAUGGAUGCUGGACGGUACCGAAAACAUUUUCAAAAGAUGAUGUCGAGAGCUACGAAUGGCGCACCUCCAGCCAAGGACAGAGAGUAUGUCCAGGCACUAUGGCAGCGGCUGGUCGAUGCCUACAUCCGACCCAAUGGCUCACGAGAAGUCAACCUCCCGUCGGAUGUCAGAGAUCCCAUUCUGCUACUUACUGGCGGCGCUUUGCCACCGGUGCCAGAAUCGCUGGACGAGGCCGUGCAAAAGACGUACGAGUUGAUGGAGGACGCGUAUCCUCAAACCGCCCUGCCAGUCGUGUCAUCAUACCCCGAAGGACGAUCAACAUAUGAAGACCGAUCAUCUUUCCAGCGGAGAAAACGACACACGCGCAGUUCGCCACCUCCACAAUCGGCUGUGGAGCCACACGCGCAUUCUUACACCGCUCCAGCUUUCGUGAACAGGAAAUCUGCACCUUCGACCCUGACCACCUCGCUUAACAAGUCACGUUUCAGCGUGAAGCUCUCGCCGACCACUUCCUCGCCAGCAGGAUCCGCGGCACAGUCAAAUAUUGAUGCGGUCUCAGAUCUCAAUCUGACUGCUUCCGGGUCAAAUAGUGCAGGGCAAGGCCUGACAGACGACACGGGCAGCACCGAUAGUCCAGCCAACGAGUCGCCGAUGACGCCACCCACCAGUCCACCCAUGAGUGAUGUGAGCCCCAAGCGGGACUCGGGCAUGUGGGGAUUGAAGAAGCUGGGUCGGUUGAGUGGCAUGAAAGUCGGCAAGAAGAAGAGUUCGGGCGGGAUCAGGUCGGAGGAGCAAUAA